AUCUUAUUAAAGCACCCCAGCGGCAGAGCUCGGCUUCAGCACACGCGAAACCCCGGCCCUCUCUCUCCCUGCUCUGCUCUCUUCUUUCGCCACCGCCUCCGGCGCCAAUCUCAGGCGAAAAGCUCAGCACGCAACUGCUACACAGGAGGAUGGAGGUGGAGAUGCAGCUGGACGACGACCUCUUCUUCGCGGAGCUCAGCAAGCGGAUAACGGUCCUCAUUGCCGACGAGGACGACGCCGACUUCGUCGUCGCUGCCGCCACCGCCGCCGCCGUGCAGUUCCCCGACGCCAUGCACCUUCCGCCGGGUUUCUCUAUGUCGCCCCAUGUGCCAUCGAUGUUGGCGCCACCGACCUACACGCUGUUCCACCACGCCGCCAGCUACGGCGCCGCCACCAUCGCGAACAGCGCCGGCGAUGCUGGCAGAACGUGGCAGCAACCGCCGCAGCAGCAGCAGUGCGGCAGCAAGGGCACCGGCGUGUUCAUCCCGCGGUCCACGCCCGGCGGCGCGCACUCCAAGCGCAAGGGCAGGAACUGGAGCGGCUCCAAGGCGCAGGCGAAGGCCCAAGGCGUCGUCGCGGCGGGCACGCCCGUCAAGAGACGCGCCUGACUCAGAGAAUCUGUUCUAAGAAGAGCUGGUCGGUCGCCGCUGAUGGAUAGCCUGCGCAGCGUACGCGGGACCUACUUGUCGCUCGUCGGCAAGGCCGUGGCCCGGUGCAAGUUGCACCACCACACGUAGCCGGCGCAAGUGCAGAGCGAAACGUGCACACAGAAACAGAACGGGCAUAGCAGCGGCGACUGGCCUCCGACGGCUGCCCCUACACACACCCAGCCCAGUGGGAGGAUCAGUAUUCAGGAGCAGGUGGACGUGGAGCGCGCCCGGCCUCCGGGUGGUUCAUCCAAUCCACCGCCAGUGGCGCACCAAAAUGUUGGCGUGUCUAUUAAGAAAGAUUUUAUCUCAAGACAUAAACAAGAAUUGAUGAUUAUAAUACAUGAGAAAGUAAUUUAAUAAAAACAUAUAUUCGCACUAUAUUCAUAAGCUAAAUUGUAGGGCAGAUGCACCAUGGACGGGAUGCUUCUAAUAUUAAACAAAAUUCCCGCC